CGUUUCUCAACAGUUUCUCAGUUUGUUUAUGGCCGAAGCGAGUUGUUACGAGUGUGGAGAUUUUACGCGCUUUUUCGUCAUUAAAAAAUAUACUUUUCUUUCACAGAACGAUACAAAUAGGAAUUAAAAAUGCCGCGUAUUAUGAUAAAGGGUGGUGUUUGGCGGAAUACGGAGGAUGAAAUUUUGAAGGCGGCUGUAAUGAAAUAUGGGAAAAACCAAUGGAGUCGUAUUGCAUCAUUAUUACACAGAAAAUCAGCCAAGCAAUGCAAAGCACGUUGGUUCGAGUGGCUAGAUCCAAGUAUAAAGAAGACGGAGUGGAGCCGAGAGGAGGAUGAGAAGCUGCUUCACCUUGCGAAGUUGAUGCCUACACAAUGGCGAACCAUCGCGCCUAUUAUUGGUAGAACAGCUGCGCAGUGUUUGGAGAGAUAUGAAUACUUACUUGACCAAGCACAAAAGAAAGAAGAAGGAGAUGAUGCUGUUGAUGAUCCUCGUAAACUUAAGCCUGGUGAAAUUGAUCCUAAUCCAGAGACAAAGCCAGCAAGACCAGACCCUAAAGAUAUGGAUGAGGACGAAUUGGAGAUGCUAUCCGAGGCACGUGCCAGGCUGGCGAAUACUCAAGGAAAGAAGGCUAAACGCAAAGCACGUGAGAAACAGUUAGAGGAGGCGCGUAGGCUCGCCGCUUUGCAGAAGCGUAGAGAAUUAAGAGCCGCCGGUAUCACCGUCUCGCAAAAGAACAAACGCAAACGGGGUGUCAAUUACAAUACGGAAAUACCGUUCGAAAAACGCCCAGCACCUGGUUUUUACGAUACUUCCAACGAGCAUGUCGAUCCUCUUGCGAUCGAUUUUUCCCGAAUGAGGCAACAGCACUUGGAUGGCGAACUCCGACAGGAAAAGGAAGAAAUGGAGCGCAGGAAAGAUAAGCAAAAACUGAAGCAGCGCAAGGAAAAUGAUAUACCUAUGGGUAUGCUUAAUAAUGAAGAGCCUGUAAAGAAAAGGAGCAAGUUAGUCUUACCGGAGCCACAGAUUUCCGAUCAAGAGUUACAGCAAGUCGUGAAACUUGGUAGAGCUUCGGAAGUUGCACGAGAAGUUGCUACUGAAAGCGGUAUUACACUCUCCGAUAGUUUAUUGGCCGAUUAUUCCCUACCUACAAAUGCAUCGGCAACACCUCGUACACCGGCCGCUGCAGAUAGAAUAUUGCAAGAAGCUCAAAACGUCAUGGCUCUCACACAUGUAGACACACCGUUAAAAGGUGGAUUGAAUACUCCAUUGAAUAAUCCUGAUUUUACUGGCGUUGUGCCUCCUACCAAUGUCGUCGCAACUCCGAAUACAAUUUUGGCCACUCCGUUCAGAUCGCAACGUAGCGAUGGGACGCCCGUGAAUUCGUUUAACACACCCGGUGGAGCGUCAGUACGAACGCAAAAUGGAGUUUUAGCAACAACACCAGUUCGUGAUAAACUUAAUAUAAAUCCAGAUGAAAGUGUAGAUGGUUCGGAAACACCACUUAUACAAACACAAGCCAAGAGUUCGUUGCGCGCGGUAUUGAGUUCCUUACCGGCGCCAUGUAACGAUUAUGAAAUAGAUAUUUAUGAUGGAGAGAUAAAUGAGGAAAAUACUAGUGCCCCCACGACCGAAAUGAUCGAGGAUCAAGCGGAUAUCGAUGCGAGGCAACAGCAGGAAUUAUUAGAAGAAAAAAAAAGAGAAUUGGCACGUAGAUCACAAGUAAUACAAAGAGAAUUACCACGACCUGCAGAUAUAAAUAUGAAUAUUUUAAGACCUUACAUGGACACACCGUUAACUGAUUUGCAAAGAGCAGAAGAAUUGAUAAAGAGAGAAAUGAUCACAAUGUUGCAUUAUGACGCGCUGCAGAAUCCAACACAGUCAAGUCGAAAGAGCGCUGCAACGUCGUUAGCUCACUCUCAGGGUUAUUUGGAACAACAUCCAUAUGAGAUUUUUGAAGAGAACGAGCUUGUUAAUGCUAAGAAAAUGUUAACCGACGAGAUGGGAGUUGUAAAGGAAGGAAUGGCACAUGGAGAACUGAGCUUAGAUGCUUAUACUACUGUUUGGGAGGAAUGUUUGUCGCAGAUCUUAUAUCUCGAAACACAAAAACGGUACACUCGUGCAACGCUAGCUUCAAAGAAAGACAGAGUGGAAGCAAGCGAGAGAAAAUUAGAGGAGAAUCGCAUACAUAUGACAGGAGAAGCUAAACGCGCUGCGAGAAUGGAAAAGAAGUUGAAAGUACUUACUGGAGGUUAUCAAACCAGGACACAAGUAUUAACAAAGCAACUGCACGAUUUGUGGGAGCAGAUAGAGCAGGCGCAUCUCGAGUUAUCGACAUUUAAGUUUCUACAAACGCAGGAAGAGGCGGCAGUUCCAAGAAGGUUAAACGCACUUAUGGAAGAUGUGAACAGGCAGACCGAGCGAGAACGCUCGUUACAAAUUCGAUACGCUCAGUUACAAGAUCAGUUGCAGCAGUGUCAAUUGAAUGAUAUGUCGUCUUAGGGAUACAUUGCGAUAUGCUGAAUACACAGCAAAAUGUAAUUGUAUUAUUUUAUCUUAUAACUUAUGAGAUUUAUAAGUCCAUGAAAAUAUGUGCUGUUUAAAAUAAUCUACUCUUCUCUUUUGAGAAUUAAAGAGAAAUUCAAUAUAUA